AUGGCCGAUAGUUACCCUGGUUUCAAACUUAUAUCAACCCUCCGGUAUGAUCCAGAGCUCAUGAAAGGGAGACUGAUAUCUCCGCCAUAUUCUGGGCCAGGAUGCUCGCCCUACUAUCUCCUCGAAUACCACCGCGGACGGCUCCUUGACGCUGCAAGGGGCUUCCGGUGGGCAGAGGCGAUUUCACAGGUGCAUUCCCUCGCACCUUCAGCCGAGAAAUUUGCAGAGACUCUUGAUGCACAGGUGCCAGAUAAAUCGCAGCCGUGGCGUUUGCGCAUAAUGCUGGACCAUGGGGGCAGGCUGACCGUUGAGGCCUCGCCGGCACCCUCGCCAUUUUACUCUCAUAUUUUCUUUUUUCCUCCCCAGCCUUCAUUCUCAUCUUUGUAUAUACAUAAUAAAGAUGUUAUCCGCUGGAAAGUGCGACUGGAUACGCAGCCGACACAACCGUCUCUGUUCACCAAGCAUAAAACCACCGCCAGAGAUAUAUACAAUGCGGCACGGACACGAGCCAAUCUAACAUCUGCGGCCGAUCCAAUUGAGGUUCUAAUGUACAAUCUUAAGGGUGAAGUUAUGGAGGGUAGUAUUACCACUGUUUACUUGAAAAAAAGAGUAGGUGAUGAAGUACCGCGGGGGAUGGUUGGGGACGACGAGUGGGUUACACCACCACUGAUGUGUGGCGGAAAUUCAGCAACUACACGGCGAUAUGCUCUCGAUACCGGUAUCUGCUCAGAAGAUAUUAUUCAUAUCGAUACACUUGCCGCUGGAGAGGAGCUAUGGUUGAGUAAUGGGGCAAGGGGCUUUAUGCCAGCUGUGCUAGAGCUGUAG